UUAAACGAAACUCCUCGCGAGGACCACCCGAGCCAGCGAUUCCUGUGGCGCAACGAAACUGACGGCUCUUACGUCCUUUAUCCGGCCCCCUAUCCUUUGCCCGAGGUAUCGCCUCUCCCAGCAGCUUCGGGUGAUAGUCACGUCCGCCAAAUCCACGAUGCCGGCGACAUCUCUGCUGUCUUUAGAUUCGGCGAUUCGCUCAUCCUUAAGGUGAAGCUACGAUCUACUGCUGAAAAAGGGAGUGACAGUACAGCCAUCCUUACCGAACCUUACGAACACCAACCCUGGCUUUUCUAUCCGAGCAGCAGCUUAGUUUUGUUCCACACGCAGGAGGGUAACAUGACCUUUCUCCUAGAACUCCGAAUACAAGGCCAGACACUGAACGAGGUCUGGUGGAAUAUGUCUGCGACCGAGAAGGACCGCGUUGCAACCCGCAUCGCCGCAAUUGUCAACGAACUUCGGGCUUUCCAAUUUCUCUUCGGGAGCCGUCGACUCUGA